UGGACUACCGGUAGAAUUGCGAAGCAUAGAGCGAAGAAUAGCGGCCUCCAAACGACAGCGUGUCGGACAACAGAAAAAUUAACAUGAGAAAUGAAGAUGAUUACGUGGACGUGUCUUCUUCCUACGAAUGACUUUCGAUCACUCUUUCAACCCAAACUAUCUCCUUCUCUUCUUCCCUGUUGCUCGUCGGCGCCUUUUCAUAUGAGCUGUUGAAAUUUUAACCUUUAUGUAGUGAAAUAAACCUAAUAAUUCCAUUAGCAUAAACCCAUUCACAUAUAUAAAACCCAAGGCUAGCUUUCUUUUUUCUCUCUCAAUUCUUGAUGGCAGAUGCUAUUCGAUUAUCAUCGUCGUUGAUUCAUUCGCUUCGCUUCUCUUCUCCUUCACUGCUCACCUCCUUCAACUCUGCCCCAAAUUCGGAUAAGAUUAUUUCUCCUAUUUGUUCUUCUAUUGGUCUUACUGGCCUUGCUUUUACUCCCAGAAAACAAUCGCUCUCUUUCAAGGUACGUGCAACUGUUGAUAAAACUGAACAGCCAAAAUGGUGGGAAAAGAAUGCAGGACCAAAUAUGAUUGAUAUUCAUUCUACACAAGAUUUUUUGAGUGCAUUAAGUCAAGCUGGCGAUAGAUUAGUUAUUGUAGAAUUUUAUGGAACUUGGUGUGCUUCCUGCAGAGCAUUAUUUCCCAAGCUCUGCAAGACAGCCGAAGAACAUCCGGAAAUUAUAUUCCUAAAAGUAAAUUUUGAUGAGAACAAACCUAUGUGUAAAAGUUUGAAUGUUAAGGUGCUUCCUUAUUUCCACUUCUAUCGCGGAGCAGAUGGACAGCUGGAGUCAUUUUCCUGUUCACUUGCUAAGUUUCAAAAAAUAAAAGACGCCAUUGAAAUGCACAACACAGCUCGAUGCAGCAUUGGUCCACCCAAGGGAGUUGGAGAUCUCAAACUUGAAUCUGUCUCUGCUUCAAUUGACAAGCCAACUGGAUCAAGUUAAAAAUGGGGUAAGGCAAUUGUCUAUAAAUAUGCAUGCCAAGUGGACUCCUUUGUAAGUCAUUUGAUAUUUGCUUACUGACAUUUUCAUGUAAAAGAAAGUAAUGUCGACUCAUUGUUUUGACGCAUUCUUUGUCCUUGGAAUGU